AUGUCUGACUCAGUAAAGUCGAAAAAGCCGGCUAACACCGCGUUCAAACAACAACGUCUGAAGGCAUGGCAGCCUAUUCUUACCCCAAAGACGGUCCUGCCAACGUUUUUCUUGGUCGGAGCCAUCUUUGUGCCCUUGGGGAUCGGCCUCUAUAUUGCGAGUGAGAAGGUCAAGGAAUUAAUGUUCGACUACACAGACUGCCAAUCCGGCGGUACCCCCUCCGCACCCAUCACCAACUGGUCCUGGAACGCCGCCAACAAAACCUGCACGAUCGACUUCAAGGUCGACGAAGCCUUCAACCCACCGGUAUUCAUGUACUACCGCCUCACCAACUUCUACCAGAACCACCGCCGAUACGUCAAAUCCUUCGAUGCUGAACAGUUGAAGGGAUCGCAGACUACGCCAUCGGGGAAAGGGCUGGAUUUAUGUGACCCGUUGAAGACCCCACCGCAGGGAACGACUGUGAGGAUUAAUGGACAGGAUGUGGCUGUUAGCCCGAAUGCUCAGUACUAUCCAUGUGGAUUGAUUGCCAAUUCCAUGUUUUCUGACGAAAUAUCAAACCUGACGUCCAUCUCUGCGGCGCAACCCUCUGGCGGCACCUACGUCGACUACACCUUCACCGAAAACGGCAUCAGCUGGCCCUCGGACAAAGACCGCUUCAAACAAUCCACCUGGCUCGACAAACCCGACGACGAGCUCCUCCGCACACUGAUCCCACCCCCCUUCUGGGCUGAAGCCUGGCCCGAAAAAUACGCCCACGGCUACACCCGCGACACGAUCCCCAACAUCAACACCUGGGAACGUUUCCAAGUCUGGAUGCGCACCGCCGCGCUCCCGACCUUCCGUAAACUCUGGGGCCGCAACGAAAACACCGCGCUGAUGCCGGGAGUGUGGCGCAUCACCAUCAGGGAUACAUUCGGGGUGCAGAAGUUUGGCGGCCGUAAAGCGAUCGUGCUGUCGACUGUGUCGCUGUUGGGCGGGAAGAACCCGUUCUUGGGGUCGGCGUAUAUCGCUGUGGGAGUCAUUUCGUGGAUCUUGGGACUGGUGUUUUUGUUUAGGCAUAUGAUCAAGCCGAGGAAGUUGGGCGAUCAUACGUAUUUGUCGUGGAAUCAGCCGCAGCAGAAUGCAGGCGCGGCGCCGCAAAGGAUGCCUGAGGUGGGCGGCGAGCGUUCAUCACUCAUGCACCGUUAA